AGUGAGUUCCGGCAGGAGGUCAGGGGGUUCCGACGGUUGGGUCAUGGGGUUCCGGCGGUUGAGUUUCAGCUAUUGGCGGCUUGGGCAGGUGGUUCCGGUGGUGGGGCUGGGUUGGGUUAAGAUUUAGGGUUUUUAUUUAAUUUAUUUUUAUUUAUCUUUUUUUUAAACAAAUCGCUGAGUGACACGUGUCCACAGUGAGUCCCACUAACGGAUUCCAUCCAAAUAUUCGUUAGAUGGCGGUGAAAUUCAAUUUAAAUUUAUUUUUGUAGUGUUAUAAUAAAAGUUUGAGACUUUGUGGUGUUAUUGUGGGGUUAUCUAUUUUUACCUAAAAAUAAUGUCAAUCCAACAAAAUUAAAAAACUAAUUAGCCGCCUGAGUAAAACUUAAAGAGAUACGGAGUAAUGUUUCUCAAAAAAUGUGAUACGGAGUAAUGAGUUUGGACCGUUUAUUUUCCUACUUUGGAACUUUUUCGCGUUUAGGACUCCACCCCCUUCCCUCUCUCUCUUUCUCCCAUUAAACCGUAUUCUGAAUCCUCCAUUGAAGCGGCGGCGAGUUUUCUCUCCUCUGUUGAAGCAGUUUCUAAGGUAAAAGUUGGGAAAUAGUGCGAGUACUAACAAUGGUGAGAGGGAAGCCAAACUUAUUGAUAACUGGUACUCCUGGGACAGGAAAAACAACUAUGUCUUCUGCUCUUGCAGAGGCAACUCAGCUUCGCCAUGUGAACAUUGGAGACUUGGUCAAGGAGAAGAACUUGCACGAUGGUUGGGAUGAGGAAUUUGAAUGUCAUGUCAUCAAUGAGGAUCUGGUAUGUGACGAGCUUGAAGAUAUGAUGGAAGAGGGCGGGGUAAUUGUCGAUUACCAUGGUUGUGAAUUUUUUCCUGAGCGUUGGUUUGAUCGUGUUGUGGUGCUUCAAACUGAAAAUUCUAUCUUGUAUGAUCGCCUCAGCAAGAGAGGCUAUACGGGGUCAAAGCUUACAAACAAUAUUGAAUGUGAAAUCUUUCAAACGUUGCUUGAGGAGGCUAAAGAUAGUUACCAAGAAGAUGUAGUGGUUGCAAUGAAGAGUGACUCCAUUGAUGACAUCGAAAAAAAUGUUGCGGAUUUGACAGACUGGGUUGCAAGUUGGUGCACAACCCAGUCUGUUGAGAGUGAUAGCAAUAGCAUGCGUGAUUAA